AGGAGGCAUGGGCGGUUGAACAAGCUGCCCCCACUGAAGCCUCCUGACUCAUGGGAGCGUCAGACCCCGAUCCCCAGAGAACCUGGAAAUGCUGCCGAACCACGCGCAAGAGAGGAGGGGAGCCAGAGAGUAGAGGAAAAAAAAGUCCAAGGAGAGGAGAGGGAAGAAAGCCACAACGGUAGGCUGUCCCAACUCAACUGCUGUGCCGUGAUGACGUCAGAGGGCAUGUGACCCAGGCUCUCCAGUGACGGCACAUGGAGGGCAGGAAAGAGACGAGUUUUAAAGCUGGUGCCUUUUGGGUUGUGUGAGGGCUCUGCUCGCCUCCCAAACAACCACAGAACCACAGACGUGCGGCUCGGGGUUGGUGUUUGAGGGCAACCUGGAGUGUAAAUGGUUAAUCGUCGCGGGCCAGCACCAGUCACAAGGACGGCGCUAAGCGAGUAAGACGUGUCAAGGGUCAAGGAAACCACAGAAGAACAAAAGUGGGGCUUGCUGCAACCAGAGGCAGCUAUGGCAUCUAACAGCCUUUUCAGCACAGUGACACCAUGUCAGCAAAACUUCUUCUGGGAUCCCAGCGCCAGUCGGAGGUUCAGUCCGCCGUCCAGUAGCCUCCAGCCGGUCCCAGGAAAGAUGAACGAUGUGAGCUCUCCAGCCGGGCAGCCGGACGCAGCGGCGGCGGUGCCAAGACUGCGCCCCCACGAAAACCGCAGUAUGGCCGAGAUCAUCGCGGACCACCCGGCCGAGCUAGUGAGGACCGACAGCCCCAACUUUCUCUGCUCGGUCCUGCCCUCCCACUGGCGGUGCAACAAGACUCUACCCGUCGCUUUUAAGGUGGUAGCCCUGGGAGAUAUACCUGAUGGGACCGUUGUCACCGUAAUGGCGGGCAACGAUGAGAACUACUCCGCUGAGCUGCGGAACGCCUCAGGUGUGAUGAAGAACCAAGUAGCACGUUUCAAUGACCUCCGUUUUGUGGGCCGCAGCGGCAGAGGCAAGAGCUUCACUCUGACAAUCACAGUAUUCACCAACCCGCCACAAGUGGCCACUUACCACCGAGCCAUAAAGGUCACCGUGGACGGACCUCGUGAGCCCAGGAGGCAUCGUCAGAAGCUCGAGGAUCCUCCCAAAACUGGUCUGUUCUCCGACCGCCUCAGCGAGCUAGAGAGGAUGAGGGUGAGGGUCGCGGUUCCGACACAAGCUCCCCGGCCAGCUCUCAACACGGCGGCCAACUCCUUCAACCCACAGGGACAGACGCAGAUAACAGACCCUCGUCAGUCCCAGUCCUCUCCUCCCUGGUCGUACGAACAGACGUAUCCGUCCUACCUGAGUCCCAUGGCGUCCCCCUCGGUCCACUCCACCACCCCCCUCUCCUCCAGCCGAGCCACAGGUCUGCCUGCCAUCAGUGACGUGCCUAGACGAUUGCCAGGUUCCUCUGACCUGAGCCCAUUCCCCGGUCAGUUCGAGCGCCAGUUCCCGAGCCUCUCCUCCCUCACAGAGAGCCGUUUCUCCAGCCCUCGGAUGCACUACCCGGCAACCUUCACCUACACCCCGCCCGUCACCUCAGCCAUGUCGCUGGGCAGCGCCCACUACCACACCUACCUUCCCCCUCCGUACCCGGGCUCCACCCAGAGUCAGAGCGGACCCUUCCAGACCAGCAGUACGCCCUAUCUGUACUACGGGACGUCCUCCAACACGUACCAGUUCUCCAUGGUUCCCGGCGGGGACCGCUCGCCGUCCCGGAUGAUCCCGCCUUGCACUAGCGCCUCCACGGGCACAUCCCUGGUGAACCCUAACCUGCCCAGCCAGACAGAGGGAGGGGUGGACGGCGACGGAAGCCACAGUAACUCCCCAACUGUACUCAACCCCGGAGGCCGCAUGGAUGAAGCAGUCUGGAGGCCAUAUUGAAGAAGGCAGAGAGAUAAGAAGUCAACUGAUGUCAUGGUUUGAAAGCACAAAACCUUUUCUUUCUUUCUUUUUUUAAAUAAAAAGGGGAUUUUUGAGCUUACAUCAGCUGUCUCUACCUUUGGAAAUUAAGGUUGAGAUUAAAAAAGAGGGAGAGAGCAAGAGAGACCAAACGUGUGUGGACUUGUCCUCCUGGAAUGUGUUUAGACCGUGGCGCUACAAAGGGAGUCAGUUUCAAAGCAAUAAUGAAAAAGACAGUUUUGGUUUACUAGGCCCAAGUGGAUGAGACAUUAUUUCAGUUUUAUUCUAUUCCACAAAGCUAAAGGGAUGCUUCGACGAUAUUUGUUAAAGACUGCCUCUUUUGUACAGUGUUUGUAUUUCUUUAAGGCUUUUUUUGCAGAGCAUGUUUUUUUGUGUUGUUUUUUUUUUUUGUACUACGACAAUAUCAAGAUGCAAGUUAAGCACUGAGUAGCAAGUAAUAAGAGUAACGCAUAUGUUACUUUAAGUGGUGUGGACAGUAAAUUUUGCUUUAAACCGAUUAAUUUAACUUGUAUAUUGUGGGUGAAACGAUGUAGAUUGAGGCGUUUUCUUCGUUUUAACUUAUAAAGCCAUAAAUUAUGUAUUGUAUUUGAAACUUGAGUCAAAGAAAGGUAAUCUGAAUAUUUUUGAUGCAUCUAUAUGACUAAGUUAAAAUGAUUUUUUUUUUUUUUUUUGAUAGGUAAUUUAAGAAAGUACGUUUUGUUUUUGUUUUUCUGGUAGCACCCAAAGAUUUAAAAUCGUGUUGAAUAUGAAAUGUAAUUUCCAAAGAGUAUUGCAACUUUUUUUUUUUCUGGUGUAACUUUCAGUUUAACUGCUCUACACAUCCAGAGCCCCACAUCCUUGCGAGGCGUUGACACACAUUUGGCUCGGAAUUAAACCUUUGGUAUUUAUUGAGCAAUAACUCGUAUUGUGCCUCUUGGCAACAUAUCAUUAAAGAGAGUUUCAAUGGGGGAAAAUAAUUAUCCGUUUGGGGAAAUUCUGCUUGAUUUCUUUGCUCUGUCUAGUCUGACAUGCACACAGAUACUUAUGCAUUUUCUCUUCCAAAUAAGAAAUGGUGCAUUUAGACACGAAUUGACGUCCAGCCCAAAGAUGAUUGCAGUGGGUACUGUGCCUAAUGGCCCACUUUAAAAGAGGCAGGUCAGACUUUAAGGAUCACUUAUUUUGUGAUACAUGAACUCCUCAGGACUGGAAGAAUCCUUGGUUGAUCCCACAGAUUUGCUAUAUCUGCAUUUCUUUUUUUUCAUACCCAGCCUGGCUGAAAGCACGGUCAAGAUUAUAGCUCUGACAUGCCAAGUCUAUUAUAGCUUUCAUAUCCUAUGUAAAAGAUAGCUUUGAAAAAGUCUGUCUUAGUGUGUGACACACACACACACACAGGUUUGUAUUUUUUUUUUCUUGCUUUCUGUCUUUUGGGUUAAAAAGGAAAUCGCAGAGAAGCAAAAGAGACUCUGGUGAUCCUUUCGGCUUUUAUUUAUUUUCCAAUUUUUACUCUGGGUUUACCGAAUUGAUUUUUACCCUCUUUAUUGGCUAAUGUCAACAAUAAGGGUCUAAAUCUAAAAUCUCUCUGUGGGCUCGAUAUGAGGGGAGGUCUGGGUUUAAAAAUUACCGUGCGAGAUUUUAAAAUGUGUUAAAGUUUAAGGGGAAAAAGUGCAAAACAACAACCAAAAAACACAAAACAACAAAGUGGUGAUUGGAUUCAGCUGCUGGCAGCAAACUGGUAACCAAAAAAUAUGGGAGACUUGUGUAUGUUUGUUUCAUAAAGCACUUAUUUCUUGUUUUAUUUCUAGCAGCACUUGCGGCGGGCUGCCAGCAGGGCUCGUGGUUUUGGUCCUCAGUCGAGAUGUAACGCCACUGGAGUCUCACACACACACACAGAAUGGAUAACACUUGGCCAAACAAGCCAUUUAUAUUGGAGUUUAAUCUGAUUUCACAAGGCAGUUGGCAUUUGUUUAAAAUAAAAAAAGCAUUUCUUUUCUUGCUUUCAUACAGUAUGAUACUGAGUGCAUGAAGGUAAUAUAAUAACCCAAUUUUUAAAAGCUGAGAAAAACAUGGCCCUGUCCAAGGAUCAGACUUCAAGCUUUUCAUUUAAGAUUUGCACGCACACUCUGCAGAGGAUCUUCUCAACUCACACACACACACACACAUUUCUCCAGCAGCUUCAGCCCAGCACGAAAAGUACUUUUGCUGUUAGAGCAUAACAUAAAUAAACAAAUUCAAAAACCUUUUAGAUUGCUGUGAUUUUAUAGCAUUUUCCCAAAUACUAUGCACAUCUGUUGGAAUUUAUUUAAUCUGCUUCACAAAUCUUUUAAAAACUGUUUACACCUAAACGCAGCACUGACACCCUAACCUGUCCUCAUCUGCUUCUGUUUGGGUUUUUUUGCUGUUCCUCAAAAUACAAAGGUUCAUUUUUUUUUUUUUUAAUUUUUAAUGUUGCGUACAAACUGUCAUUAAAAAAAAAACUUGUAUUAUUCAUUGAUCAACAUGUAUGAUAUCCAGGAAUUGUACCUGCUCUUAUGUAAAGUUUACUCGUUAUUUCUAUUGUUAUGCUCCUUCUCAUGAACACUUGUCAGGAAACUCAAUCUAAUGGAGACUGUUAGACUUUGCUGGUACGUUUCAUAAAGAUCAUAAUUUUUUUUCGA